GAGUCUGGAGGUACCUCAAAGGCAAAGAUAUCGUGACUCAUGAAAUCCUCUUGGAUGGUGGGAACAAAGUGGUGAUCGGCGGCUUUGGGGACCCCUUGAUCUGCGACAACCAAGUCUCGACAGGGGACACCCGGAUUUUCUUUGUCAACCCCGCCCCCCAGUACAUGUGGCCGGCACACAGAAAUGAGCUGAUGCUGAACUCCAGCCUGAUGCGGAUUACCCUGCGCAACCUGGAGGAGGUGGAGCACUGCGUGGAAGAACAUAGGAAGCUUCUUGCUGACAAGCCCGUCAACUAUUUUCCCCAGUCGCUGCCGACGCCGCAAGAUGCAUGCCGAGGAAUGCUCUGUGGGUUCGGAGCUGUGUGCGAAAGGAGUCCCGCUGACCCAUCCCAGGCCUCUUGCGUCUGCAAAAAGACCACGUGCCCCUCAGUGGUGGCUCCUGUCUGUGGCUCGGACUAUUCCACCUACAGCAACGAGUGUGAGCUGGAGAAGGCCCAGUGCAACCAGCAGAGGAGGAUCAAAGUCAUCAGCAAGGGACCCUGUGGUUCCAAGGACCCCUGUGCGGAGGUGACGUGUAGUUUUGGCAGCACCUGUGCCCGCUCUACUGAUGGGCAGUCGGCCAAGUGCAUCUGCCCGUCCUCAUGCCGCGGGGUGGCCGAGGGCACCGUGUGUGGCAGUGAUGGCAAGGACUACCGCAGUGAGUGUGAGCUCAACAAGCACGCCUGCGAUGCACAGCAGAACGUCUUCAAGAAGUUCGACGGGCCCUGCGACCCUUGCAAGAACGCUGUCAAUGACCUAAGCCGGGUCUGCCGGGUGAACCCUCGCACUCGCCGAGCGGACCUGCUCUUCCGGCCUGAAAACUGCCCCCCAAAGAGGGACCCAGUGUGUGGUGAUGAUGGGGUAACCUAUGACAGCGAGUGCAUCAUGGGACGGUCGGGCGCUCUGCGGGGGCUGGAGAUCCAGAAGGUGCGUUCGGGGCAGUGCCAGCCACAGGACAAGUGCAGGGACGAAUGCAAGUUCGGCGCCGUGUGCCUCAACCGGCGUGGCACCACCCGCUGCUCCUGCGAUCGCAUCACCUGUGACGGCGCCUAUCGGCCCGUCUGCGCCCGGGACAGCCGGACGUACAGCAACGACUGCGAGCGCCAGAAGGCAGAGUGCCAGCAGAAAGCUGUCCUCCCCGUAAAGCACGAGGGGCCCUGUGACCUGGGCACCCCCAGCCCCUGCCUCAGCGUGGAGUGCACCUUUGGGGCCACCUGCGUGGUGAAGAACCAGGAGGCGGUGUGCGAGUGCCAGCAGGUCUGCCAAGGUCGCUACGACCCCGUCUGCGGCAGCGACAACCGCACCUACGGCAACCCUUGCGAGCUGAGUGCCACUGCCUGUGUCUUGAAGAAGGAGAUCAAAGUCAAGCACAAAGGGCCCUGUGACCGUUGCGGCAAAUGCCAGUUUGGUGCCAUCUGCGAGGCAGAGACGGGCCGAUGCGUGUGCCCCACGGAGUGCGUGGCCUCCUCACAGCCCGUGUGCGGCACCGACGGCAGCACCUAUGGCAGCGAAUGCGAGCUCCACGUCCGGGCCUGCACCCAGCAGACCAACAUCCAGGUGGCUGCGCAAGGAGACUGCAAGUCCUGCGGCAGCACGGUGUGCUCCUUUGGAAGCAAGUGCGUGGGCGGGCAGUGCGUGUGCCUGCGCUGCGAGAGGCAGCCCUUCUCCCCGGUGUGCGGCAGCGACGGCGUGACUUAUGACAACCCGUGUGAACUGCACGUGGCUUCCUGCCAGCAGAAGAAGACCAUCGAGGUCUCCAGGACGGGGCCAUGCGAGGACGAAUGCGGCUCAGGGGGGUCUGGCUCCGGGGACGACGGUGAGUGCGAGCAGGACCGGUGCCGGCGGUUUGGAGGCCUGUGGGAUGAGGACAUGGAGGACGACCGCUGCGUGUGCGACUUCACCUGCUUGGCUGUGCCACGCAGCCCGGUGUGCGGCUCUGACGGAGUGACCUACGCCAACGAGUGUGAGCUCAAGAAGUCACGCUGUGAGAAACGCCAGGACCUCUACGCCGCCGGGCAAGGAGCCUGCCGCACCGCCACGACGACCCCCCCGCCACUGCUGGUCCUGCACUGCAGCCAGACCGUGUACGGAUGCUGCCCUGACAACAUGACCCUGGCCCUUGGCGUGGGCUCAGCCGGGUGCCCGAGCACCUGCCAGUGUAAUGCCUACGGCUCCUACGGGGGGGCCUGCGACCCCACCACCGGCCAGUGCUCCUGCAAACCCGGCGUGGGAGGCCUCAAGUGCGACCGCUGUGAGCCCGGCUUCUGGAACUUCCGCGGCAUCGUCACCGACAGCAAGAGCGGCUGCACCCCUUGUAACUGCGACCCGGUGGGCUCCGUCCGUGAUGACUGCGAGCAGAUGACUGGACUUUGCUCCUGUAAGACGGGCAUCACCGGCAUGAAAUGCAACCAGUGCCCCAAUGGCAGCAAGCUGGGCAUGACCGGCUGCGAGAAAGACCCAUCGGCACCAAAAUCCUGCCAUGAGAUGAGCUGUGAGUUCGGGGCGUCAUGCGUGGAGGUCAAUGGCUUUGCCCACUGUGAAUGCCCAUCCCCACUCUGCACGGAGGCCAACAUGACCAAGGUGUGCGGCUCUGACGGUGUCACCUAUGGUGACCAGUGCCAGCUGAAGACCAUUGCGUGCCGGCAAGGACAGAUCAUCACGGUGAAGCACGCCGGACAGUGCCAUGAGUCCAUCACUCACGCAAGUCAUACCUUGCCUCCCACGCCGCUGCCCAUGCCCACGCAGGCCCUGGACAGACUCCUCCUCCCCCCGCCUCUGCAGCUCACCCCUCGGGCCCCCGACUCCACGGAGAAACCCACCGGGUCCCUGCUGGUGGAGGCGAGGCCCACUCCAAGAAGCCAUCCUGCUACCAGACGGAUAACCACUGCCCGGCCAGCCACCACUCCCUGGAUCACGCACGGCCUUCGCAAGACCACUGUCCGCCCCAUCUCUACUGCUCCGGUGGUCCCAGCCACCAUCCAGCCUGCCUUCGCUGAGUCUGGCAGCGCAGAAGGCAGUGGAGACCAGGAGAUGGGCAUCAGUGGGGACCAGGAAGCUAGUGGAGCCGGCUCGGCAGGAGAAGAGGAGCCAGAGGAAAGCCAAGUUACACCCACUCCAGCCAUUGAAAGAGCCACCUGCUUUAAUACCCCUCUGGGCUGCUGCUCUGAUGGCAAGACAGCCGCCAUCGAUGCAGAAGGGAGCAACUGUCCUGCCACCAAGGUCUUCCAAGGAGUACUCAUCCUGGAGGAGGUGGAGGGCCAGGAGCUGUUCUACACGCCCGAGAUGGCCGACCCCAAAUCGGAGCUCUUCGGGGAAACUGCCCGGAGCAUCGAGAGUGCGCUGGACGAGCUUUUCCGCAACUCUGAUGUCAAGAGGGAUUUCAAGAGCAUCCGCGUGAGGGACCUGGGUCAGAGCAACGCCGUCCGUGUCAUCGUCGAGUCCCACUUUGAUCCAGCCACGUCCUACACAGCGGCCGACGUCCAGAAGGCCCUUCUGAAGCAGAUCAAAGCCUCCAAGAAGAAGACCCUCCUGGUGAAGAAGCCGCAGCAGGAUCAUGUCAAAUUCAUGGACUUCGACUGGAUCCCCAGGCUCUUCACCACCACAACCACUACGACCACUGCCACCACCAUGGCGCCCGCCACCACGCGGAGGUUCACCACCGCCACAACCGCCCACGUCCUGCACCCAGAAACCAUGGGGAAGCCCAGCAGCAAGAUGGCAGCACCUGUCACCACCAGGAGACCCACUGCCACCGUGCCAGCCACCACCCGGAGGAAACCCACGCGCCAGCCCCCAGCCACCAAGAAGCCGGCCCGGCCCUGUGACUCCCAUCCCUGCCUGCAUGGCGGCACUUGCGAGGACGAUGGGAAAGAGCUCACCUGCAGCUGGGCUUCCACUGUCCGGGUGGGGGGCCAUGAAUGCCUAUGUUCCAUCAGAUACUUCAUCCCCAGCUUCGGCGGAAAGUCCUACCUGGCCUUCAAGACGAUGAAGGCCUAUCACACGGUGCGCAUCGCCAUGGAGUUUCGGGCCUCCGAGCUCAGCGGGCUGCUGCUCUACAAUGGGCAGAACCGGGGCAAGGACUUCAUCUCCCUGGCACUUGUCAGUGGCUUUGUGGAGCUCAGGUUCAACACAGGAUCUGGUACCGGCGUCAUCACCAGCAAAGUGCCUGUCGAGCCUGGCAAGUGGCACCAGCUGGUGGUGAACCGGAACCGCCGUAAUGGCAUGCUGUCGGUGGAUGGGGAGUCGCACGUGAACGGGGAGAGCCCCACCGGCACCGAUGGGCUGAACCUGGACACAGAAUUGUUCAUCGGAGGGGCACCGGAAGACCAGAUGCUUGUGGUGGCAGACCGCACCGCAGCCACGGCGGGCCUGAAGGGCUGCAUCCGUCUGCUGGAUGUGAACAACCAGAUGUACGACCUGCGGGAGAAGGGCAGCGACGUGAUGUACGGCAGCGGGGUGGGCGAGUGCGGCAAUGACCCCUGCCACCCCAACCCCUGCCACCACGGCGGCAUCUGCCACGUCAAGGAGGCCGAGAUGUUCCACUGCGAGUGUCUCUCCACCUACACAGGUCCAACCUGUGCCGACGAGAGGAACCCCUGUGACCCCAGCCCGUGCCACGUCUCAGCCACCUGCCUGGUGCUGCCAGAGGGAGGUGCCAUGUGCGCAUGCCCCAUGGGGCGGGAAGGGGAUUUCUGCGAGUUCGUCACAGAGCAGGACCAGACCAUGCCCUUCCUCCCGGAGUUCAACGGCUUCUCCUAUCUGGAGCUCAGCGGGCUGCAGACCUUUGUGCCCGAUAUGCAGGAAAAGUUGUCCAUGGAGGUCGUGUUCCUGGCCAAGAGCCCCAGUGGCAUGAUCUUCUACAACGGGCAGAAGACGGACGGCAAAGGGGACUUUGUCUCGCUGGCCUUGCAUGACGGCUACCUGGAGUACAGAUACGACCUGGGCAAAGGGGCAGCGGUGCUCAGGAGCAAGGAGCCAAUCCCCCUGAACACAUGGGUCAGUGUCUUCCUGGAGAGGAACGAGCGCAAGGGAGUGAUGAGGAUUAACCACGGCGAGAGGGUGAUGGGAGAGUCACCGAAAUCCCGUAAGGUGCCUCACGCCUUCCUGAACCUGAAGGAGCCCCUGUAUGUUGGGGGCGCGCCCGAUUUCAGCAAACUGGCUCGCGCCGCGGCCAUCUCCACCAGCUUCGAUGGCGCCUUGCAGAGGAUCUCCAUUAAGGGGAUCCCUGUCCUGAAGGAGGAGAACAUCCGCAGCGCCAUCGAGAUCUCCACCUUCCACUCCCACCCCUGCACCCAGAAGCCCAACCCCUGCCGGAACGGGGGCAUGUGCAAUCCCCGGCUGGAGAGCUACGAGUGCGCCUGCCAGAGGGGCUUCUCCGGUGCCCACUGCGAGGAAGUGAUCAUCGAGAAGGCAGCCGGGGACUCCGAGGCCGUUGCCUUUGAUGGCAGGACCUACAUGGAAUACCACAACGCCGUGACAAAGAGUCCCGAAGUGCUGGACUAUCCCGCAGACCACAGCGAGAAGGCCUUGCAAUCCAACCACUUCGAACUGAGCAUCAAGACGGAGGCCACCCAAGGCUUGAUCCUGUGGAGCGGGAAGGGACUGGAGCGCUCGGACUACAUCGCCUUGGCCAUCGUGAACGGCCACGUGCAAAUGACCUACGACCUCGGCUCCAAGCCGGUCAUCCUGCGUUCCACCGUCCCGGUCAACACGAACCAGUGGGUUCAUAUCAAAGCUUACAGAGUGCAGAGAGAGGGCUCCUUGCAGGUGGGCAACGAAGCCCCCAUCACUGGUUCAUCCCCACUUGGAGCAACACAGCUAGACACGGAUGGGGCCCUCUGGCUGGGGGGAAUGGAGAAGCUCAGCGUGGCUCACAAGCUGCCCAAAGCCUACAGCACCGGCUUCACCGGCUGCAUACGGGACGUGAUAGUCGACCGCCAAGAACUGCACCUGGUGGAGGACGCUUUAAACAAACCCACGAUAUUACACUGCUCGGCCAAAUAGACCCCAGGGACCCUUCGUACCCCCUCCCCCCUCCUGCCUAUUGCUGUAAUUAUUUUCUAUUUUUGUAAACUUAUUGCUUUUUAUAUUUUUUGGGGGGGGAGGUGGGGACCGAGGGGGGAAGAAACAUUUUUCCCCCUCCUUUUUUUUCCGGUUAUUUGUUUGGUUGCAGUGUAUCCAGGCUGGUCGGACUGUGAGCAGCAGCAACAAAGAACAAGCCCUGAAUCAAGUCUCUGAGAAGUGAGAAAGGAACACACACCCUGUAGCAUCCCGCCUUGGAAAUUUCCAUUCAUGAUUUCUCAGUCAUACUUGAAGCUUUUUUUUUUGCUUUUUUUUUCUUAUUUUAUUGCUCUGGUGGUUGCCCCCCCUGCCCUUGAGGGGGAAAGGAAAGGAUCCUGGUGCUGCUAAGACCCGUGGCCUUUGUGGAGACACAGCUUUCCCCUUCCACGCCACUGCAUCCCUCAGCCCUGGCUCGACGGAGAAGCUGUCUCCUAAGCCGGGGGAUUGAGUUGGUUUUCAGGCCUCUUCCCCGCUCCAUGUUCACCCCAUUUUUUUCUCCGUAAUUGUGCAUAGGGAUUGCACGUGCAUCUUUCCUCCGGUCGGGGCUGUCUCUGGCUAGAGGUGAGACCCAAACCAGCUCCCAGUGGGCUGGGGAGCCAGGGUUUUGUCUCACCUCGCAUCUCCUUGUCGACUCGCCAGUGCGAAGAUGAUUUUUUUUUGUUUGUUAUUAAUUUGGCCGAGAAAGAGGUGGCAUCAUCUUUAUUUUUCGUGCUAAGCCCUCUCCUCCUCCUGGAUACAUGCAGAAGCAGCUGCAAAACCUAUUUCCAGGCUUUAUUUUUAGCCGGACGUGUCCCAGAUCUGCCCACUUGGCUUUGCUGCUGUUUCCAAGAGCCUUGGUUGUUUACCAAAACUCAUCCUCCCCUCAAGCCAGUGCAAAGGCCGUUGGAUGUUUUGGGGUUCGGAGCCCCCAGCACCCUCCCCAUCUCCCGGGAAGGUCAGCCAGACCUGAAGGCACAGGACCGGGAUUGGUUUUCAUUUGGAUCCAUUGGAAGCACACUUCUGUGCCUAUCCCACCCCUUUUGCAGCCCCCUGAAAUGACCUGCCCUCCAUAUACAGAGAUGAGAUCUUGGACCAGCUGUCCUAAGGAUUUCUGCUUCUGUGGUAGCACCAUGAAAGCCAUUGACUACAUGGUUUUGGCAAUGGCCAGCACAAUGGCAGGCCCCGAUUCUGCUCAGAGCCUCCCCGGCACUACAGGAAUACAAACAGGAGCAUCACUGGGGACAGGGCUGGAGCCUUGCAGUUCAGCCCAGAGACAAAGACGGAGGCAGGGUGGUUUGUGAGCUUUUCUUAAAUGCUAUUUUGUUCCCACCCCCAUUGCAAAUCAUUCCUUGUAAAAGCAAACUAUGAUGCAAAUACUGUAACGCCACCUACAAACCCAGUGCGUGUGUGCGUGUGUGCAAGAGAGAGCCCAUUAAAUAUAUCCGUAUAUAUGUUUGUAUGCGAAUGCUGAUUCUCUUCUUAAGGAAACAACGCCCCUGAUGCUAGAGUCCCUGCAAAGGAUUGUCCAUUUCCUUAUCCAUAGGAGGAACCAGCCAGUGCUUUCUAGUAUCUUAUAUUCCCCUUUCCACCCAGAGCAAGGCAGUUGGCAUGGCUUCAUCGCAUGAAAAGCCCACGUUCUGCAGCUUGUGGCAUUAAGGUGACAGAUCCUCCCUUUUACAAAUUGAUGUUAGGAACCGACUGCACCAAGUGGGACUGUUUCACAGCCAGUUUUUUGGCCUUGCUGCUGCCCUCCCUUACUCCCACCAAAAGCUGUGAACUAAGUUGUGAGCCACAAAACCAAAAUCACCUUCCUCAGGGCAUGAUCUGAAGGCAGGUGGGAUGGAGGGGAGCAGCACGCCGGUAAAACCACUGUUCUCUUUGAAGGUGCGCGCGUUGUCCUACUGCCACCAAACCCCGUGUCAUCACAGAUGCCUUGGACUAGUGUGUGUCAAAACCUUCCAGAGAUGCCUUCUUCUGCAUGGGGGUAUCCGUUUGCUGGGGAUAGAGAAGGGGCAGGGGGUGGGGGGAGGAGGGGGCUUUUUGAUAUCCCUUGUCAGUGUCUUCUGUUUCCAUCUCUUUACUUUCCUAGAUCCAGCUUAAAGAAAUCAGACUUCCAUCCCAGCUCAAAAGCCCUUCCUUCAUGUCUUCUAUGGAAAUCCAUGCCUGAGCAGUUGCUGUCCAGGGUGGUUAGUGACUUAGUUGGGUUCAUGCCCCCUGGGAGACAACGUGGAGACUCCAGUAUGGUGUGUGUGUGUGUGUGUGUGCGCGUGCGUGUGUGUGUGGCGAUACCACAUUUUAAGUGGCUACUGUAAAUAUAUUGUGGUUCCUGAUGGAGAGUAAUGUGCUUGUGUUGUAAAGCAGACUGACUACUGUACUUUAUUCCCACGGUGUAGGUAGCCAGCGGCUAACUAGGACUGCGGGGGUUCAGGGUGGGAAGGAAGACAACCAAACCCCUCUCUCCGCCUGUAGUUUGAAACUUAGGCUCUAGCUGGACAGUGCAGCCUCAACAGUGGAUCCCGAGGGCUGAAGAUCCCCAUGCGGGGGAGGCAGAAACAUGCACAGAGAAAGCUGCUACAUUUCCCAGAAUGCCACUAAAAUGAAGCCAAGGUUACUGCAAAAAAAAUAAUAAUAAAAAAAAAACAAAACAAAACAAAACACUGUCUGCUUUUGCUGGGGCUUGGAGAUGCCUUAAAACAAAACAUUGUGUCCUUGUCGUCAAGCAUCUUGAACCAACGGCGCAUUUGGGAGCGCUCCCAAGGGGCCAUGCACUUAACUGGGGCUUUAUUUUUAACAGCAUUUAUAACUCAUAUGUACAAAGCGACAUGGAUGUUUGGGGUUGGGUUUGGGGUUUUGGGGGGGGUUCCUGUUUUUUUUUAACUUUUUUUUUUUUUUGGCUAUUUUUUAAAUUUGUCUGUCCACGUGGCUUCAUUUUUUUUAGGGUAACGUAAUGAUCAUUGUGACCUGCUGUAUGACUUCUGAAGGGCAAUGCACAGUAGAGGAGCAGCAUGAUAUAACCAUUACUAACUUGUGUCUUUCGUCAAUCACCAUGAAAUAAAGUUUGGAAACAAUUAAACGUGUUUAAAAGGGA